CCGCAGCGCUUGGGAACCGGCACCGGGGUCGGGCCGGGCCGUGAGGGGUGGGGUGGGACGAGACGAGACGAGGCGGGCGAAACCGGGUGGGGAAGCGGGAGAAGGCGGUGUGAAGCGCAGGGAUGUCGGCGACGUUGUACUUGCUCUCUACUCUCGGCGGAUACGUCCUCACCUCGGCGCUUCUCCUCAAGUGUCCGGGGCUCCUUCACCGGCCCAAGCGGCAGCGCUUCCGCUGCCGCCACAUCUCCCACCGCGGCGGUGCUGGAGAGAACCUGGAGAACACGAUGGCAGCCUUUCACCAUGCAGUUAAUUUAGGAACAGACAUGUUGGAGUUAGAUUGCCACCUGACCAAGGAUGAGCAAGUGGUUGUGUCCCAUGAUGAGAACCUGAAGAGAUCAACAGGAGUUGAUGUCAACAUAUCUGACCUCAAAUACUCUGAACUUCCACCAUAUCUCUGCAAGUUGGAUGUCACAUUUCAGAAAGAAUGUCACUGUGAGGGGAAGGACAACCGUAUUCCACUCCUGAAAGAGGUGUUUGAGGCAUUCCCAGAGACUCCUGUCAACAUUGACAUCAAAGUGAACAACAAUCUGUUGAUCAAAAAGGUUUCUGAGCUGGUGAGUCAGUACAAAAGGGAGCACCUGACAGUCUGGGGGAACGUCAACUACGAGGUGGUAUCAAAGUGUCUGAAGGAGAAUGCUGACAUCCCCAUCAUCUUCUGUGCCCAACGUGUCCUCCUGCUUCUUGGCCUGUUCUACACAGGGCUGCUGCCAUUCAUUCCUUUCAAGGAAGAGUUCUUGGAGAUUCCCAUGCCUUCCAUCAUCCUCAAGCUGAAAGAACCACAGAAGAUGACAAGGAGCCAGAAAUUUAUUAUCUGGCUAGCUGACACAUUACUCAUGCGGAAAGCACUUUUUGACCACCUCACAGCUCGGGGCAUUCAGGUCUAUAUCUGGGUACUGAAUGAAGAACAAGAAUACAAGAGGGCAUUUGAUCUGGGAGCAACUGGAGUGAUGACAGACUAUCCAACAAAGCUCAAGGAGUUUUUACACAAUUAUCCAGCCUAAAAGAAGAAACCCAAGGAAAUUCUUGCAGAAUAGAUUAACUCUUGGUGAUUUAAAGGUCAGUGAUUCAUUUUUUUUUUUUCACCAUUUCCUGCACAUAACCUUUUCUGGAUCUUC